AAAGUUUAAUUUUAAAACUACAAUCAAAAUAGCACAACAUGUAAAUAAUACUAUAUGCUAAACCAAAAGCUCCGAAGAUUCUCUAGGACUCUGCAAAGGCUAAAAUCUCAAACAGACCGCCAUUCUAAAACCCUAUACCCAAAAUUUUCAGCUUGGGCUUUGGGCUCAUGAACCCUUUUUUCUUUUUUUAUAUAUGACUUUAAUUAUAAUCAGAAUCGAUUUGAAUUCUUUGAUGAGAACCCAGUGAGAUUUGUCCUUUAUGCAUGCAUAAUAUGAUUAUUCAUAUUGUACAAAAUAUUAUAUAUCUAAUAUAAAUGGGCUCUGAUUUUGUUCUAAAUUAAGAAUAUUUUUUCUUUAACCAAAAGAAGUUCAAAGGAAUCUGUUUUUUGCUUCUUUAAGUUAAAUUCUUUGCUUGCCCAACUAAAUAUAUGUCUCGUCCUUCUUUGAUAUAUAGCAGGAAAAAGGCUGCUUAUAUUCAUUUAAGAAGCAAAAUUAAAUAAGAUCCCAAACCACUUUAAAUACCAAGAUUUAUAUUAAUAUGUAUGUACGUAUAAAUUCAUAUGAUAUAUAUAGAUGUAUAGUGAUCUUUAUAUUAAUAGUAUUAGAGAUGAGCAAUGAAGGUUUUUUCAUCAGUCAACAAUGAGAUUGAUAUAUCAAAAACCCAGUUCAGUAGUUAAAAUCAAGUGAGAAGAAAACAUAUUUGUUAUUAUUGGGAAUGGCAUAUCUGAAAAUCACUGUGUUGGUAUGGGUGGAUAUACUGGCAAUAUAUGCAGUAUCGACAUUGAUAACAUACUUAACAGAUGUUUGGAAGAUUAAUUACACGCAUGCUGCAGCAAUUGUCAAUAUGUUUUGGGGCUUCACAGCCAUUAUGCCUUUCACCAUGCAAUACAUUGUUGAUACUUUCUUAGGCAAUUUUUCCAUGGUUUUUCUCUCCAAUUUUGCCUAUUCCAUUGGUUUAGGGUUUUUGUCAAUGUCAACACCACCAGUUCUAUCCAAGAUAGUAGGAAAUUGUGAUGAGUACAAGCCUAGCUGCAUUGGCAAAGAGCAAAAGAUUCUAUUUUAUACAGGACUUUCUCUACUAGCUUUAGGAGUCUCUGGUCAUUUAACCUCUUUACCCAAAUUCAUUGAAGAUCACAAAACUCGUGAUGGAAAUAAUGCAAAACUUUAUUUCUGUUGUGGUCUCUUUGCCAUUGUUCUAGUCCCUCUAAUUGGAGCCAUAUUAAUUCCCAUCAUAAAGUCAUGGUCAAUUAUAUUUGGCAUCACAACAAUAUGUUCAGUCUUGGCCACAAUUAUUUUCUUAACUGGAAUUACAACAUACCAACGUGACAAAGCAAGAGGAAGCCCCUUAACUAUUGUGUUUAGGGUUUUGAUUGCAUCUGCCUUUAAAUCAUUUCAAAAAUCUCCAGAAGAUGCCUCUCAAUUGUAUGAGCAUCAACAAAAUAAUGGCAUUAGUUACAAAAUAUCUCACACUCAUCGCCUCAGGUGCCUAGACAAGGCUGCUAUUGUGUUACCAAACCAAUCACAACACAAUGUUAAUAUGUGGAGAGUUUGUAGUGUAACUGAAGUAGAAGAAACCAAGACCAUCAUAUGCAUGAUUCCAAUGUGCACCACUUUCUUUCUUCUUGGAGUUGUGUCUUCAAUUGGGAAUACCUACUUUCUUGAACAAGCCAACCACAUGAAUCAAAAAAUUGGUAAUAUAAGUGUUCCACUUACUACACUUGUAUUUUUUCGCGAUCAUGCGAAAGCACAAUUCGGGAAAUGUUAUGUGAGAAUAGCUUCGAGUUAUGGAUCAUCGUCGAAUAUUAGGUAUUCAGCCAGAAUUGGAAUCGCUGUGUCGAUGAUAUUUGCAGUGAAUUGUUGUAUAACGGCUGCGAAAGUUGAAAACAAAAGGCUUGAUGUGGUGAACAAUCAUGGGUUGCUCUACAAGCCUAAAGAUAAGAUUCCAAUGAGCAUGUUUUGGUUGUUACCGCAAUUUCUUCUUCUUGGAGGACUUGAUGGGAUUUCGAAGAAAAGUAUUGAACUUUUUGUUACUAAUCAAGGGCCUGCUUCUAUGGAUAGGUACAUGACUCAUUUUGCUAUGGCUGUGUUUGGAGUGGGAACUAUGGGAAGUGUUGUAUCGGUUUGUUUAGUUGAUAAGAUUAGCUCAAUAGGAGAAAGUCAUAAUAGUUGGUUCCAAGACACCUUGAAUAGGAGUCGUUUGGAUAAGUAUUAUUGGGUUUUGGCUACUUUGAGUGCUGCCAAUUUUGUUUUGUACAUUUUAUUAGCUGUUUUGUAUGAUAGUAAAUAUUUAAGAACUGAUGAGCAACAAAUGUCCAAGUCUAACCAAAGUAUGGAAUAUGGAGAUGAUUGAUAAAUCAACAUUUGGUUGUCAUAGAUUUUUUUUUUUUUUGGAAAA